UGACGUCGGGUUCUACGCGCCGUGGUGACGUCACGGGAGCGCCGGCGGCUGAGAAUCCGCGUUGUCCCGUGUUGGCGGCGGCAUGGAGCGGGAGCCGGGCGCCGCGGGAGUUCGCCGGGCUCUGGGCCGCCGGCUGGAGGCGGUGCUGGCGAGCCGCAGUGAGGCCAACGCCGUGUUCGACAUCCUGGCCGUGCUGCAGUCUGAGGACCAGGAGGAGUUCCAGGAAGCAGUCCGCACGUGCAGCCGUCUUUUCGGGGCCUUGCUGGAGCGGGGAGAGCUGUUUGUGGGCCAGCUGCCCUCUGAGGAGAUGGUCAUGACAGGGUCCCAGGGAGCCACACGGAAGUACAAGGUGUGGAUGAGACACCGCUAUCACAGCUGCUGCAAUCGCUUGGGAGAGCUCCUGGGCCACCCCUCCUUUCAGGUCAAGGAGCUGGCCCUCAGCGCACUCAUGAAGUUCGUGCAGCUGGAAGGAGCGCACCCCCUGGAGAAGUCCAAGUGGGAAGGCAACUACCUGUUCCCCCGAGAGCUCUUCAAGUUGGUGGUGGGAGGCCUGCUGUCUCCUGAGGAGGACCAGAGCCUGCUCCUGUCCCAGUUCCGGGAGUACCUGGACUACGACGACACCCGCUACCACACCAUGCAGGCAGCCGUGGAUGCCGUGGCCCGGGUCACUGGCCAGCACCCCGAGGUGCCCCCCACCUUUUGGAACAACGCCUUUACGCUGCUGUCUGCCGUGAGCCUGCCCCGCCGGGAGCCCACCGUCUCCAACUUCUAUGUGAAGCGGGCGGAGCUGUGGGACACCUGGAAGGUUGCUCACCUGAAGGAGCACAGGAGGGUUUUCCAGGCCAUGUGGCUCAGCUUCCUCAAGCACAAGCUGCCCCUCAGCCUCUACAAGAAGGUGCUGCUGAUUGUGCAUGACGCCAUCCUGCCGCAGCUGGCGCAGCCCACGCUCAUGAUCGACUUCCUCACCCGCGCCUGCGACCUCGGGGGGGCCCUCAGCCUCUUGGCCUUGAACGGGCUGUUCAUCUUGAUUCACAAACACAACCUGGAGUACCCCGACUUCUACCGGAAGCUCUACGGCCUCUUGGACCCCUCUGUCUUUCACGUCAAGUACCGCGCCCGCUUCUUCCACCUGGCUGACCUCUUCCUGUCCUCCUCCCACCUCCCCGCCUACCUGGUGGCCGCCUUCGCCAAGCGGCUGGCCCGCCUGGCCCUGACGGCUCCCCCUGAGGCCCUGCUCAUGGUCCUGCCUUUCAUCUGUAACCUGCUGCGCCGGCACCCUGCCUGCCGGGUCCUCGUGCACCGUCCACACGGCCCUGAGUUGGACGCCGACCCCUACGACCCUGGAGAGGAGGACCCAGCCCAGAGCCGGGCCUUGGAGAGCUCCCUGUGGGAGCUUCAGGCCCUCCAGCGCCACUACCACCCUGAGGUGUCCAAAGCCGCCAGCGUCAUCAACCAGGCCCUGUCCGUGCCUGAGGUCAGCAUCGCGCCACUGCUGGAGCUCACGGCCUACGAGAUCUUUGAGCGGGACCUGAAGAAGAAGGGGCCCGAGCCGGUGCCGCUGGAGUUUAUCCCAGCCCAGGGCCUGCUGGGACGGCCGGGUGAACUCUGUGCCCAGCACUUCACGCUCAGCUGACCCUGGCCCACCUGUGAAUAAAUCUCAGCUGACCCCGGCCCACCUGUGAAUAAAUCUCAGCUGACCCCGGCCCACCUGUGAAUAAAUGUUUUUGCAGGAGAAA